GCUUUGGAAAUUGAAAAAAGCUUUUAUAAAUUAAAUGUGCACACCAGAAAACAUAAGCAACUGUUUGAUAUCACUUUUUAAGUGACAUUCUCCUGUCUUCCACUGAAGUACAUAUUGCAACUGCCCAUCCAUCCUGAGUGGUCAACUAUAGAUCAUAUGCAGGAGUCACCCUUUAUGUCAUUGCAUGGGUGCUAAUUUAGAAUAUACCUCUAUAGCAUACAGAUGUAUCAAAUACGGUAUUGCCAAGAAUUUCAUGACCUUUAAGGACUUUGAUGAUUAGGCUACCAACCAUAAUUAAAAACUGGAGGAGAAGGAUGAUUUUGUAUAGCCAUGCUACAGAGACUUCCAUUUAAGUCCUGGGGAAAAUAAAACCAUGGAGUUACAGCGGUGUCCCUCUAAACCGUAGUAAGAAUAUUUUCAUCAACUAUUUUCUGUCUUUGGGUUUGAUGUUACUGUUUCUAGACAUUGUUUUGUUAGGUUGAAAUAAAGGCAAGAUUCGGUGUGCGGUAGGAGUUUGGUUUGGGGCUUGUCUACAGUUGUUGGGGUUGUUUUAAGUUGUGGUGUUGCAGUUUUGGUAAAAGAACUUGAAUUGAACCACAGCAUAAAAUUAUCUGUCCUGUCUGAUACCUUAUUUGACUUCUACAUGACUACCUGCAACACAAAGAAAUAGAAGUGGAAGAGAGUCCUGUUCUUUCAAAUGCAUAAGCCAUUAUUCUUUUGCAGAAGUAUUUUUAGAAGUUUGAAAUCAAGCCCCCUUUUUUCUGCACCUGCUGUUUUAUUAACGUACGAUGAGCACUGUGUAGAUGUGGCCCUGCGGCAGGGCGCCGCCGGCAGGCUUCACGGCAGGCCGCCCCGCCCGCGUUGCCCGGGCAGCAGCGGGGAGCAGAGCGGCGCGGCGUGCAGCCGCCAUGAGCAGGAAGAGGCUGCAGCAACUGGUGGACUCUCUGGGCCGCUCCCCCAAACACUUUAAUGAAGGCGAGGUAGAAUGUCUGAUCAAGCUCUUCGACACGCUGGUUGCCGGCUCCAGCAGCCACUUUGCUGCAGCAGGCUUGGACCGUAACAUGUUCAGAGACAUCCUGCACCGCACUUUUGGCAUGACAGACGACAUGAUCAUGGACAGAGUGUUCCGCACUUUUGAUAGAGACAACGAUAGCUGCAUCAGUGUGGUGGAAUGGGUAGAAGGCUUAUCAAUAUUUCUUCGGGGGACACUGGAAGAAAGGAUUAAAUACUGUUUUGAGGUUUACGACCUGAAUGGUGACGGAUACAUUUCAAGAGAGGAAAUGUUUCAAAUGCUGAAAAACAGCCUUCUCAAGCAACCAUCAGAAGAAGAUCCUGAUGAGGGAAUUAAGGACCUGGUGGACAUAGCAAUGAAGAAAAUGGACUACGAUCAUGAUGGCAGGCUUUCUUUUGUGGACUUCAAAAAAGCAGUGAGAGACGAAAAUCUUCUCUUAGAAGCCUUUGGACCAUGUUUGCCAGACAUUAAGGUGGUUUGGCUGUGCUAUUCUCUGGCUUUUCCACAAGUCUUCUUGGAACAGAAUCUGCUACCUAAAUUGGGGAAAAAAGUAAUUUUAGUAAACGGCGAGUUGUCCGAGGCACAAACCGUUCCAGGCCAUUACCCACCGGCACCAGUCCCUGCUGCUGUGCCAGGGGCAUUGGCAGUGUGUGUGCCCCUGGCUGUGUGCUUAGAGUUAGACAUGUGCUUGAACCAAAGCACUCUGAAGUCUGGCCACAAUUGUUCUUAUACUGGGGAAGCACCAGCAGGCUCUGGUUAUGAUUCCCAGAGGGAUACCAUUCAUUGUGGGAUACGCCAUGAAAACUUGCAAAGCAGGAUGGAUCCCAGUUACUGCCUGCAGACGGCCCUGACUCACUCCACAGACAGUCACGCACAGAGCUUGAGACCAGCUUCUUAGGCCUCCCUUCUUUCUUUAACACAAAGCAAUCUUUAAAACAACAACAACAAAAGAGUGGCUUCACUAUUUCAUCUCAUAUUAGUUCUAACACAUAAGAAAAAAAACUUUAAUGCAAUUACAGAAGCAAAUUUUCAAGUGGCACCUUUCAAAUUAAAUUUUUCCUGCCUAAUCCCCAUGCGGGCGGGUUUGUGAGAAAUGCCCAAGCAAAAGUAUUUUCUUGUAUUCUCAAAACUUCUCAAAAUAUUUCUCACGUUGAAAGAUUUUUACCUCUAGUCACAAUUUCAAGGACAGUCUGUCUUGCAACAUUGAAAAAACCCAGGUAUUUUUAUGUUAAAAAAUCCAUCAUUUUCAUCCUUUUAAAGAUGUUCAUGCAAAGAAUAAUGCUGUCAAAGUACAUAAGUACAAGAAAGGAGAAGCCUGUGCUCAGCAACUUGCUUAUUUCUCAGCUUGCCCUGCCUUUGGUAAUGACUGUGAACUCUACAGUACAGCAGACUGCAAACCCAGAGCACUCCUCCAUUUUUAGCAUUCCUCCAGUGCUGACAGGUAGACUGGAAAAAAUAGUGUUGAAGGUUCUGGUAUAGUCACUUUCCUUGCAAAACUGUCCCUUUGGGCAUGCCAGAAUAAGCUGGAACAAGGGUGAAAAGAUGGUUCCAUACGUCCUGUCAGUGCUUGAAAUAUAACAUUUUGAAAAGAAAACAGAGAAGAAAACACUAACCCAAACCAAAAAGUUGCUUUGAAAAAGAUACAGCCUCCUAAAUAUUGAAAAAUGUCUCCAAUCUGCUGCAAACAUAUUUAAAAUGCACUUUAAAAACAGCCAGAUACAAAGCAUUUUCUUUAACAGGCACUUUAACUAAAACCCCAUCCACCCCUGAAGUGAAACGUUAAGAUUCUACCAGAAGUGUAAUUACAAACCUCUUUGAUUUGUUGCUUUUGCUAUGUAUUUUCUUCUGUCCUGCAAUUUCUCCCGAGUUUCUUGGACUGUUUCAAAUUCUGGAGCAUAGCACACAUGCAGCAAACUACCAAAGAAACUUUGUUCAUCCAUUUUUUUCUUGGCCACCCUGAAGGGAAUUGACAAAAUGGGGGGUUUUACUUCAACUCUUUAGAGGAAAUAAAGAAGGUGUAAAAAGAUUAUGAUGGCAAGAGGCAGAUAUUGCCCUGUCCGAUACCUUGCACACUGCAGUUUUUGGAAUUUUAUAAGGUAAACUUCAGUAAAUUGCUCUGCUGGAUACUCAUCAAGAGCAUGAUACUCUUCAAUGGCACCAUAUAAUGCAAAUUGUUCAACUAAUUCCUUCAUAACACCUAUAGCAGGAACUCCUUGUAUUAGCAAAUAACAAGAUUCCAAGUUGACAGUAUAAACCU